AUGGUGAACAAAUCAGUUAUCUUAACAUUGCUGGGAAUCGGAGCCAGUCUUGUUGCUGCGACGGAUCAAACCGUUACUGUCACAACGACAAAGACGGAGACUGUCACAGCGUGUGCCUCCUCAUGCUAUUCAACUGUAACCAGUUGCACCUCAACCACUUCAAUGACCCUGUCUACCUCUACCACGACGGAGACUGGCACUGAGACGACAUCCAAGCCUACCUCCACUGCUACGUUCACUACAGGCUCUACCUCGUCUGGAUCAAGCUCUUCUCAAUCGACGUAUUCCGUUCCAUCGACAACUUCAAGUACCUAUAGCACCAGCACAUCUACUACUACAACUGCAACAGAGACGUCCCAAUCUGUGAAGAGCAGCACCUCAUCUUCCACCACUACUGCGACUUCCACCAUCACCGCCGACUCAAGCCAACUCCCUGGAACCACCACAUCAAGCUGCUCUCAAGGUUACAGCUGCGGAUCUCUCACUGUGAGAGGGAGCACAGAUUCUUCCUCUUCCUCUAGCACUUCCUCUUCGUCAUCCGUGUCUUCUGGUACUUCUUCUAGUACUACUUCUUCUGGUGUUUCUUCUGGUACUUCUUCCACUUCGUCAACUUCUGUUUCCAGCCGAGGAACUACUUUCAAGUUUCCCACUAGCACACAGGCUCGCGAAUCCCCAUCAUCAACAUCUGCCAGCACAACAGUAACUAAAUCUGAAAGCACCUCUGCAGCUAUAUCUGAAAGUACCACGGUGGCUGCUUCUGACAGCACAACUUUGACAACACUUAAGUCGACUAUCACGCAGACUGUGACCGUUCCAGGAAGCUCGCACUCUCAAAGCUACACUCACACCCCAUCAAAUACCACCGAGUCCACAGCCGAGACUUUCACCAAAACGGUUUACUCUACCGGGUCAGAGUCUACUGAGAAGACUUCCACCGCAUCCUCAACAGAGUCAACUUCCAAGCCUACUUCCACUGCCACCAGCCAAUCAUCAUCAGGAACAUCUUCUAAUUCAAGUGGCCAAUCUUCCACCGCUUCAUCAACAGAGUCUACAUAUAAGACCUCGUCUACGGGCACCACUGGAUCAUCUUCAGAAACAUCUACGACUUCAAGCAGUACUUCUACAGCAUCUUCGACAGAGUCUACAGCUACCCUCUACCUCAAUCAUUUCGACAAGAUACACAACCACACCAUCUGGAACCCCCUCAUCCUCAACUUCAUCUUCAUUCUCAUCUUUGUCUUCAUCCUCAUCCUCGUCCUCAUCCACCCAAGUCGAAUCCACCGACUCAUCAGCUUUACCCGCGACAACUACUCACACCAGCCACACCUCCACACACACUUCUUGCAGCGACUCUUCCACAGGCACAUCCCGCAUCUAUACCCUCACCAACACCACAACAACCGCAACUAUCACCGGAACAGGAUAUUCUUCUCAGUCAGCAUCUCUCAGCACCAGUUCAUAUGUUAUUCCUACUUCAAGCAUCACCGUCGAUUCUUCUACUACUGCAGGAACUACAUCAACAGUGACGAGCAGCACACAUUAUUCCGUCCCAUCCAGCACCACAUCCACUACACUUUCUUCUUCUUCAGUUUCAUCAUCUUCAACUUCAACAUCCAGCUCCACCAUCUCAUACGAAUCCUCCGCCGACGCCGUCACCCAACCCUCAGCCACAUCCUCUUCUCCCACUUCAACCACCUUCCUUACAACAACCACGAACAAAUCACUCUCAAGCACCGGAACUAUCUCGACUACGUCGACUUCGUCUACUAA